GAGGGCGAGCGAGCGGCUGCCUGACAUUCUGUCCCGAUGGGUGGAAAGAAAGUUUGCAUCGUGGGCUCCGGCAACUGGGGCUCGGCUAUUGCCAAGAUCGUGGGUAGCAAUGCAGCCAAACUGGACAAGUUUGAUACCACCGUGAACAUGUGGGUGUUUGAAGAAGAGGUCGGUGGCAAGAAACUCACCGAGGUCAUCAACACGCAGCACGAGAACAUCAAGUACUUGCCGGGCCACAAGCUGCCUCCCAAUGUGGUGGCAGUGCCGGAUGUGAUGAAGGCAUCAGCUGAUGCGGACAUUCUUGUCUUCGUAGUGCCACACCAGUUCAUUGGGAAACUCUGCGACCAGCUGAAAGGCCAUGUCAAGAAGGAAACAAUUGGGAUCUCGCUCAUCAAGGGUGUGGAUGAAGGCCCCGAUGGACUGAAGCUGAUAUCAGAUAUCAUCCGUGAGCAGCUCAGCAUUGAAAUGGGCGUACUAAUGGGGGCCAACAUUGCCAACGAAGUGGCAGAGGAAAAGUUCUGUGAGACCACCAUUGGCUGCAAGAACCUAGAGCAUGGUCAGAUCCUGAAGGAGCUGAUGCAAACACCCAACUUCCGAAUCACUGUGGUGCAAGAAGCAGACACCGUAGAGAUCUGCGGUGCCCUCAAGAAUGUGGUGGCCGUCGGGGCUGGCUUCUGUGAUGGGCUGGGCUUUGGAGAUAACACCAAGGCUGCCGUAAUCCGCCUGGGCCUCAUGGAGAUGAUUGCCUUUGCCAAAAUCUUCUGCAAGGGCUCCGUCACUUGCGCCACCUUCCUGGAGAGCUGCGGGGUGGCUGACCUCAUCACCACCUGCUACGGGGGCCGUAACCGCAAAGUGGCCGAGGCUUUUGCCAAGACCGGCAAGACUAUCGAGCAACUGGAAAAGGAGAUGCUGAACGGGCAGAAGCUGCAGGGCCCCCAGACAUCCGCAGAGCUGAAUCACAUUCUCUCUCACAAGAAUCUGGCAGACAAGUUCCCACUCUUCACCGCCGUCUAUGAGAUUUGCUACAAAGGCAAACCUGUCACCGAAUUUAUCAAGUGCCUGCAGAACCACCCUGAGCACUUGUGAUAGGCCUUUUGCUCCAACAGGCAAGGGGGGGUAGGCUCGCUCCACCUGCUUCAGCAUGGCCACCCCAACAUGAGACGAGGGACCCAACACAGAGCAUGGGUAACCAAGAGGGGACAACCAUAGCGUUUAGGGAUCAACUCUUUGACCAGGACGUCCCUGCCAUUUAUCAACCAGUUGUCCACAAAGUUGCCUGGGCUGGUCCAGUCUCCUGCUUGGCUCUUGCUAGAUUAGAGCGCCCCUCUGUCAAUACGUGCAGCAGGAAAACCUUUGGCUUUGAUCUUCUCUCAUGAGAAAAGAAAGCAUUUCCUUGACCUGGCUCAUCCCUGCUCCGUUCCUCUGCCUUGGUUUUAACUUCUCUGGUUGAGGGUUCAAGCUUGAUCCCUGCCAGUUUUACCUGCCUUUAAAGGCUUGUUAUAGCCAAUAUCUGGAGAAGUGGGGGUAGGAAGAGGAGCAAAUUCUAAUUUAUUUCUCCAGGCCAGGAGUGUAAGGAGCAUCAGCUAUGAUUAAAACUAGCUCCCAGUGUUGGGUUCUCCCUCUCUCUUUCUUUAGACAAGGCUUGGGCCUCAGCAUCCCUGGUAUCCAUGGGAAUGGGAAAUCUAGCCAUGAUUGUGAAUAUUGUAUUUUGGAAGAAUAAAUACUAACGUGAGAAACCAA